ACUGAAAGGAAGCAGAAUGAAGAGCAUCCUAUUUAUGCUGCUGUGUGUCGCGGUUACUUACGCUUUGCCGAUACGCACAGAUAGGAGAGAAGAAAAGAAGUUGCAGCUUAUUCAGGAAUACUUAGAAAAAUAUUACAACUUUACCUAUGAUGGACAAGACUUAAGAUGGAAAGAUGGAAAUCCUAUGGCCAGAAAAAUCAGAGAAAUGCAGGAAUUCUUUGGCCUCGAGGUGACAGGUGAUUUGGAUUCUAAUACUCUGGAGGCAAUUCAGAAACCUCGGUGUGGGAAUCCUGAUGUUGGGGACUUUGCCUUUUUUGGAGGAGAACCCAAAUGGGAAAAGAAACAGUUGACCUACAGGAUAUUGAACUAUACACCAGACAUGAAUAAAGUCGAUGUGGACAAUGCAAUUGAGAAAGCGUUUCAAGUUUGGAGCCAAGUGACGCCACUGACAUUCAGAAGGGUUUUGGAAGGCGACGCUGACAUAAUGAUCUCCUUUGCUCGCACAGACCACGGUGAUUUCAACCCCUUUGAUGGGGCUGGUGGCACCCUUGCCCAUGCCUAUGCACCUAGCAGCUCCAGCCUUGGAGGAGAUGCCCAUUUUGAUGAGGAUGAAAGGUGGACCAAUGGCCAACAAGGCUCGAACCUGUUCGUCGUUGCUGCCCAUGAGUUUGGCCACUCACUUGGACUCUUCCAUUCCAAAGAUGUCAAUGCCUUGAUGUUUCCAGUGUAUAGGAAUCCCCAGCACAAUCAAAAUGUCCUCUCUCAGGAUGAUAUUGAAGGCAUUCAGCAGCUGUAUGGGACAUCAUCCAAUCCAUCUCAAGGCUCAACAGAGCAAGACGAAUCCAGACAACCUAUCAGACCAGCCCAACCCGUCUUGCCAGCAACGUGUGAUCCACAGUUGACUUUUGAUGCUGUUACUACUUUUCGGGGAGAAAUAAUGUUCUUCAAAGACAAUCAAUUCUGGAGAAAGCACCUCCAGGUCAAUGAGGUUGAAUCUAAUUACAUUUCUUCAUUCUGGUCAUUUUUAUCACCUGGUAUUGAUGCUGCUUAUGAAAAUACAGACAACGAUGAAGUAGUUCUUUUUAAAGGCAACCAGUUCUGGGUAGUGAAAGGCGAUUCCAGGCAACCUGGAUACCCCAAAUACAUCAGCAGCCUGGGCUUCCCAAGUAAUGUCAAUAAAAUUGAUGCAGUCCUUUUCAAUGCGAAGGAAAGAAGAACAUACUUCUUUGUAGCUGAUAAAUACUGGAGAUAUAAUGAAGGCAGUCAAACCAUGGAGACGAGACCUAAAUGGAUAAGAAAUGACUUCCCAGGUAUCGAGGGGAGAAUCGAUGCUGCUUUUCAGUAUAACGGAUUCUUGUACUUCUUCAGGGGAACAAAUCAAUACAAGUUUGAUCCUAACACAAGAAGAGUCACCCAGACCACUAAGGCCAACAGCUGGUUUUCUUGCUAA